AUGCUUGACGAAAACCUCCCCACCUUCUUCUUCAAAGCAUCGACCGAUACCCCUCUCUCCACACCCAUCUUCCUCCGUCAGAUGGCCUCCGACCUCCAACCCGAAUACUCUUCCGCAGACCUUGACCCCAACUUGGCCGCCUCGAAAAAUGCUACGCCCGUCGCCCUCUACGAUUCCUGCAACCGGACGUCCUCUAUGCCGAACCAGAAUGGACGCAUCCCACUCUCCCAGGCCGAAGUGCGCGCGCAGAAUGGCAUUCCUCCCCCGCCCGUCCCCAUCGUGCCGAAUGCUUUCACCAUCCAAUUGUACAAUCCGGAUCAGCAGGUGUGGGUGAAGCAAAUCGCGGGGUCGUGGAAUAGUUCGGCGUAUUGGGAAUUCGAGAUGCCGCAGAUUAGUUUCCGGGCCCCGUCGGCGUCGGCGCUCGAUCGCAGUCAGAGCGAUCCGGCCUUCUCGGUCCUCACGCCGAAAGUGGCGUUUAAGUGGAAGAAGGAUGGGAAGUUCUCGAAAGAUUUGUCAUGUUUCCUGUCGGGCAAGACGGCCGAAGGGAAGAGGAAUAAGGAGCCGGAUAUUCCGGUGGCUAUGUUUAAAGGGGGGAAAGAUCUCACCAUUUACCAACCCAACAUGCAUCGAGUUGAUGUUGAAGAUUUCAAGGGUCUGGAGGUGGUACUUUUGCUCUCGGCUGCAGUGAUUAAGGAUAUAUUCUUCAAUGCCAGUCGCGAAAUGUUUAACAUAAGUUCACCCAAUGAAAGUCUGGGGGCGUUGCGCAAGCGCAACAACAGCGGUCCCGUCAUUCGAGAAAAUGGCAGGCCUUCGAUAUCUCCCGUGAUGUCUGGGGGAAUCAGCCCGUGGGAAAUUGACGCCGAAACCGCGCGUCUCAAAGCGUUGGUGGAAGCUGAGGAGCGGGAACGCCAGCGCGUGGAAUUGUUGGAAGAGAAGCGGAUUAAGAAGAUGCUGGAGCAGGAAGAAAAGGAACAGCGGAGAAGAGAUGCCGAGAUUGCAAAGGAGACGGAACGUUUGAGGAAACAGUAUGGUGUUAUGCCUGUGAAUGGGAAUGGGAAUGCGAAUGCGAAUGCGAAUGUCCAUCCGGGAGCGAGAGUUCAGUUUGCGCCGCAGCAGGCGCCGCAGAGACCGACGAUUACAACGCCGUAUAGUGCGCCAUAUAGUGCGCCCAUGCCGGCGAGACCGAUGAGUACCGGGCCCGGUCCGGCGGGCUAUGCGAUGGGGAUGGGGAGUGGAUUUGCUGGGGCGGGUGGUCCUUCGUCGUCGUCGCAGGCGAGACCGCAGGCGCAGAUCAAUAGUCCUUAUUUGCAAGCGCCGGGGAGGGGGACGGCUAGCUCGAGUGGAUUUUUUGGCGGGAAGAAGAUGACGAAGGUGCAGAAGAAGAGGAGUGUUUUCUUUUAG